UAGAUCCGGGUUAGAGCCUGUUUGAAUGUGGCUUGGAGGAUAAAAAGCGAGCCGUCAUGUUGACGUCCCUCCCUCUCCGUCUCUGUGCGUCGGCUAGGCUGCUGCUGCACUCACCCUGCCCGGAACAACCACCUGAAAACAACCAUGUCUGAGAAACUUCCCUUCAAAGUUGCUGACAUCAGCCUGGCCGAAUGGGGGCGCAAGGCCAUUGAUAUCGCGGAGAAUGAGAUGCCCGGUCUGAUGAAGAUGAGGGAGCUGUACGGUCAGUCCAAGCCGCUGAAGGGCGCCCGUAUCGCCGGCUGCCUCCACAUGACCCUGCAGACCGCCGUGCUCAUCGAGACCCUCACCGCCCUCGGGGCUGAGGUUCAGUGGUCGAGCUGCAACAUCUUCUCCACUCAGGAUCACGCUGCUUCUGCCAUCGCCAAGACUGGCGUUCCAGUGUAUGCAUGGAAAGGUGAGACCGAUGAGGAGUACGUGUGGUGCAUCGAACAGACUCUGUACUUCAAGGACGGCCAGCCCCUCAACAUGAUCCUGGACGAUGGAGGGGACCUCACCAACAUGGUCCACCAGAAGUAUCCCAAACUGCUGGCAGGUAUCCGGGGCCUGUCAGAGGAGACUACUACCGGUGUCCACAACCUGUACAAGAUGUUGAAAAAGGGCGAGCUGAAAGUGCCCGCCAUUAACGUCAACGACUCCGUCACAAAGAGUAAGUUUGACAACCUGUACGGCUGCAGGGAGAGCCUGAUCGACGGUAUCAAGCGAGCCACAGAUGUGAUGAUUGCCGGUAAAGUCGCCGUGGUGGCGGGCUAUGGUGACGUGGGUAAAGGCUGCGUUCAGGCUCUGCGUGGGUUCGGAGCUCGCGUCAUCGUCACCGAGAUCGACCCCAUCAACGCCCUGCAGGCCGCCAUGGAAGGUUAUGAGGUGACCACCAUGGACGAGGCUUCUAAGGAAGGAAACAUCUUCGUCACCACCACUGGAUGUGAGGACAUCAUCCUGGGACAUCACUUUGAGAACAUGAAGGACGAUGCCAUCGUCUGUAACAUCGGACACUUUGACUGUGAGAUCGACAUGAACUGGCUCAACAAAAACGCUGCAGAGAAAGUCAACAUUAAGCCUCAGGUCGAUCGCUUUCGUUUGAAGAACGGUCGUCACGUCAUCGUCCUGGCCGAGGGCAGACUGGUCAACCUGGGCUGUGCCAUGGGACACCCAUCCUUCGUCAUGAGCAACUCCUUCACCAAUCAGGUUCUGGCUCAGAUCGAGCUGUGGACGAACACCGCCAAAUACCCCCUUGGAGUCUACUUCUUGCCCAAGAAGUUGGAUGAGCAGGUGGCAGCAGCCCACCUGGAUAAACUGGGGGUGAAGCUGACCAAGCUGUCGGACAAGCAGGCCAAGUACCUGGGUCUGCCCACCGAGGGGCCCUUCAAACCGGACCACUAUCGCUACUGAGUGUCCUGUCCAGCGGAGGAGGAGGAGGAGGAGGUGUGGCUAGAACUGUGUUGGUGUUUAGGUGUAGCAGGGUUUGGCGGUUGGGAGCACUUUGAGAGAUUGUCCAGGUAGCACUCUGGGUGCCGUUUUGGACUUCCAAAUGUCAACUUUUCAGACAUGCAGAGAGACAUUAUUGUGUUUGUUCGUUCCCCUUUAAAUAGGCUUCCAUAUCAAAUGCUAAAGAAAUGUAUUUCACAAGUUGCAUCCUGUGUCGAUCCAAGUUUGGAACCAACACCUUGUUGUGCUUUACUCAGGUGAGAUCAAAGUCAAUCUACCAAACAGCUGGUGUUGAAUCAUUUCUGGUUGAAGCAAGACUUUUGAGCUAAAAUAUCUGCCCCACACAACUGCAUUGACCCAAAGCUUCUGUCAGUAGCUUUAUGUUGGGAGUUUAUAGACAUCAGAAGGCUGUUCAAACUCAGUACAGACACCAAUCAAAGAAACAUCUAGCCCUGUAUUUCAACGGUCAUCACCAUCUUAGUUUACGCUUACCACACCAGUGUGUUCAGUCCUCCACCGUCCCUCCUCUUUCUCAUCACCACUCUGCUGAAACACCAGGUUCUGUUGUGGCUGUUAAAGAAUACCUCUUGUUGUUCGUCAUUCCCUCAAAUCAACCCUGAUCCUUUCCUGCCUGAGCUCUUCUCUCCGCCUCGCCGCGGCUCGAGGUGGAAGGUGACAAACAGGUUUUUCUUUUUUAAUUUCAUUUUUUAAUGAGUCAAAGCAAACUGUUUAGUGUACAUUUGCCUUAUCGCGGUAUAUUCAGAUUAAUACUGACUUGUGUUAGCACUUAUUAAUAGAAACUGUGCGAGAAUAUGCUCAUGAAGUGCUUGUUUAUUAUCCAGGUUGAUUGGUAGAGUAAAGAGAAGCACGUCUGCCAAAGGAACCACCAAAGCAAAAUGUCUUAAUCUUUGUUGCCUAAUUUUCUUAUUGUCAUUUAAUUUGACUUGAUGGGCCAAAACGUGCAACGCCUAUCCCCUCCCCCUCCCCAUUUCUCACUGUAGCCAAUCAGGUUGUCAAACAGUGGCCCCAGUUCUCAACGGUUACAGCCUGAAAUGCAGAGUUCAACUGCUGGUAAACGGUCUAUUGAUACUGUCAAGUAUUACAAUGAAAAAUAAAAACUAAACCUGUUGACUCUG